AUGAAACUCAAUCCCGAGAAAUGUGCCUUCGGAGUGGAUUCGGGCAAAUUCUUAGGAUUCAUGGUGUCAAACAGGGGGAUUAAGAUUAACCCCGACAAAAUCAAAGCCAUCGAAGAAAUCACGGUGGUAAACAAUGUGAAGGCUGUGCAAUGGCUGACCGGGUGGAUAGCAGCCUUGGACCGAUUCAUAUCGAGGUCAUCAGACAUGAGUCAUCAUUUCUUCUCUUUACUCAAAAAGAAAAACAGCUUCGAAUGGACUCUAGAAUGCCAACGCGUCUUAGAGGAGUUGAAGCGAUAUCUGACAAGCCCACCUUUACUCCAUACCCCAAAGGAGGAUAAAACGUUGUAUUUGUACUUUGCCUUAUCCGAGGUAGUGGUAAGUGGUGUGCUGGUUCGAGAAGAACAAGAUUUUGUGGCCGACUUUACGCCUGCCCUCGUGCCUGAGGUAGAGAAAGAAAUUCUACUAAAAACGGGCACAUCUUCGGGGAUAUGGACCUUGUUCACUGAUGGCGCCUCGAAUGUGAAAAGGUCCGGGCUCGGCAUAGUUCUGAAGCCACAUAUAGGCGGCAUGAUUAGGCAAUCUGUAAAAACUGCAAGGUUGACUAACAAUGAAGUCGAGUAUGAGGCUAUGAUUACAGGUUUGGAAUUGGCAAAAGGCCUAGGAGCGGAAGUCAUCAAAUCAAAAUGUGAUUCACUUCUUGUGGUAAAUCAAGUAAAUGGGAACUUCGAGGUUCGACAAGACAGGAUGCGAAGAUACUUAGAAAAAAUUCAAGUCACACUCCACCACUUCAACGAAUGGACUCUGGUCCACAUACCUCGAGAGCAGAAUAGCAAGGUCGAUGCCCUCUCAAACCUGGGAUCAUCUAUCGAGGAAUAUGACAUACUCCUCGGGGCCGUUGUUCAGCUAUCCAAGUCAGUGAUCGAAGAAGGCCAUGCCGAGAUCAACUCCACUAGCCUGACAUGGAAUUGGAGAAAUAAAUAUAUUGAUUAUUUGGAAAGUGGGAAGCUACCCACGGACCCAAAAGAAUCGAGGGACCUACGAACAAAAGAAGCUCGGUUCUCGCUCGACGAAAAUGGAACUCUAUACAGAAGAACAUUUGAUGGGCCCCUAGCAGUAUGCCUGGGACCAGGGACACAGAUUACGUGCUCCGAGAAAUCCACGAGGGCACCUGCGAAAAUCACUCUGGUGCCGAUUCCUUAG